AUCAGUAUACGUGGCAUACAGCGGUUGCAGUACCAUCUAGGGGGGCUCUCACUCGUCAAAUCGCGGGGCAUUGUGGGGCGGAGGCGGCCUUUCUCUGCGUUCAGGCAAUCGGGAAAUCUUCAAGUAAAUAACGUUAACCGGUGGGAGGAGCAGUUCAAACGCUGCCUGCAAAAAAUACCGAACACAUCAAAAUUGUGUUGCGCUGAUCUUUACUUAUUAAAAUAAUCGUUAUAUUAACGAAACAUGGGGCAGGAAGAACUCAUGAACACAGCCGAAGACGUGGCAGACCAGUUUCUGCGGGUAACAAAACAGUACCUGCCGCACCUGGCACGUCUCUGUCUCAUCAGCACCUUCCUGGAAGAUGGCAUCCGCAUGUGGUUCCAGUGGCACGAGCAGAGAGACUACAUAGAGGCUACCUGGAGCUGUGGCUACUUCCUGGCCACGUGCUUUGUGCUGCUUAACCUCGUAGGACAGCUGGGUGGCUGUGUCCUCAUCCUCAGUAGAAAUUUUGUACAGUAUGCCUGCUUUGGACUGUUUGGCAUCAUAGCGCUACAGACUGUUGCAUACAGCAUUUUAUGGGAUCUUAAAUUUCUGAUGAGAAACCUCGCCCUCGGAGGGGGUCUGCUGCUGCUGCUGGCUGAGUCUCGUUCGGAAGGAAAGAGCAUGUUCGCUGGAGUGCCCUCCAUGGGAGAGAGCUCUCCAAAGCAGUACAUGCAGCUGGGCGGUCGAGUACUGCUAGUGCUCAUGUUCAUGACUCUGCUGCACUUUGACUCCAACUUCUUCUCUAUCCUGCAGAACAUGGUUGGAACCGCCCUCAUCAUCCUGGUUGCCAUCGGCUUCAAAACCAAGCUGGCGGCUCUGACCCUUGUCAUUUGGCUUCUGGCCAUCAACAUCUACUUCAACGCCUUCUGGACCGUCCCCGCCUACAAGCCCAUGCACGACUUCCUCAAGUACGACUUCUUCCAGACCACCUCGGUCAUCGGCGGUCUGCUGCUGGUGGUGGCACUUGGACCUGGCGGAGUGUCCAUGGAUGAGAAAAAGAAGGAGUGGUAGGCAAAGGGGGUUAAGACGAGAGGAUUGCACAGCACCACUAACUUCCCCCACCAACUGGGACACAAAGACCCUCCCUCUCCUCCAGCUCCCACCAACCAGGGUACAACAGGUCUUUUUUUUUUCUAGCUUAUUUUUUAUUUGGCCAAAUCCACAGACACCACCUCGCCCAUCUAUGGACAUUUUUUCUAUUUUCCUCCAGACUAAUAUAUUUGUUUUUUAGAUUUUUUUUCUAAACCAUACUUGUAUGUCCUUUUCCCCCCCAUGACAACAAGAAUACAAAAGGACCAUGUAUUUCAAAGUGCAAGGUUAACAACUAGUGGAUGAUGACUGGAAGAAGAGAUUUAUUUGUUCUGUGUGCAGAAGGAAUGAAAACAAUUUAUUGUAUUUUACGGGUGUUAGGCCAUGAGUUAUAAUAGAUUAAUGUUCAUAUUUUCUGAAUAAAACCAUGUUAUUGGAUCAAGUGCAGCAUUUUGGGUUUCCACCCGAGGAUGUUGAUCUUUUUCUGCCGUUGGAUCUUGGAGUGUUGUGAGAUUUUUCACCAUAACGAACUUGUGCACUGAUUUGACAGCAAAUUGCAUUGAAUCUCCAGGUCUCGCUUCCCAUCUUUUUUUCACACCCUUUCAAUACAUCUGGUACACCUUCAGUCUCAACUGACUCUUGUUCAUGGGAAGUCGAGUCUGGGGGGACGUUGUAUACAAAGUGGUGGAUUUCUUGACAUGCUUGAUUGAAAUUUCAAUGCAAUUGUUAGCUCCAGGACUUGUUAUUGGGCACUUUGUACUGUACGUCUUGCAAAUGCCUGACUAGUGAACUGUAUUUGAAAGUAUAAUAAGGGGGGGGAGGCUCAAUGUUUGUGAAAAAAACAUAUUCUGCGAUCUAGAAAAGCAAAGAGGACUAACAGAGUCACUAGCCAUCCGGACUUUGUCUUUGCUCUGUGUUUUUUGCCCUGUGUAAGAAAAAGUUAAAAUAAAAAAAAAGUUCAGUGUAUUGAUUUUCAGAAGUUUAUAUUGUAUUUUCGAUCAUUUGUUUUUUUUGAUUUUGGAAGUUCAUGGCAACAUUAAAAUUCAAAAAUAUAAA